AUGGAUUACACUUUCUUCAAUAAUUUGAAAUCGAUGGGAACUUGUUAUGAAUGGAAGCGUAAGGCAAGAUCAAAAGUCAAGGGAGCUUGCACAGUUGAAUUACUAAGACGGCGGUUCCCCAUUCUCAAGUGGUUACCAAGCUACAAUUGGGAUUUUGCUGUCUAUGCUGUCAUUGCCGGAAUCACCGUCGGUCUCACCACCAUUCCGCAGGGAAUCGCCUAUGCUUCUGUCGCCGGACUGCCGUUACAGGAAUGUUCAAUCGGUCCCACGGCCGUCAUAUCUUUGAUGACGUUCUCGUACGCCAGUGAUGAAGGAGGCCCGAUCUAUUCCAGCACCCUGUUAGCUUUCCUAGCUGGUUCGCUAGAACUAGUAGCAGGACUCUUGAACCUAGGAUUCAUGGUCGAGUUUAUUUCGGCUCUUGCCAUUUCUGGCUUUUGUUCAGCUGCCGCUUUGACUGUAUCGUCGACCCAAGUUUAG